UCAACGACAGACUUUUGUCUUCGUCUCCGAGAACUGUUACUGCCCCUUGGCGUCUUCGCAUCUGAUCUACCAAAAGAUGGUUGAUGAUCAAGACCUUGGGUUUUUUUCUAGUUUUCUUGGCGUUUUUAUUUAUGUUCUGGUGAUUGCCUAUCAUUACGUGAUGGCUGAUCCAAAAUAUGAAGGCAGCUGAAAACUUGGUCAUUCAGGAUAGAAGCAAACUUCUUGAAAAAUUAGUGAAAGAUACCUCUAUCAUGUCAAUUUUGUUUUCAUAACUAUUAUGCAAGUUUGAUCUAACUACAGUUUUUGCUAAUAUCCUUUUAUCAUUUGUCAUCUUCAUAUGCAAACCCAAUUAUUGGUACUUUUGAAAGUUAUAAUGAUAUCUGAUUCACGUCAGUAUUGUUUGGUGUGAUCAGGUAUGACCAAGUUAAUAGUCUUUGCCAAUUAUUUCAGCUGUCA